AUGGAGACCACCGUGCCGUUUCCCUCGGGCCUCUACCCGCUCCCCGAGCAAUCCCACCCGUCGAGGGGCGUGGAGCGGCGGCUGGUGCAGGCUCCUCGCUCCGCCGUGCGGGAGGCGGGAGGCGGAGGUGGUGCAGCGCCCGCGCCCGCGGCAGGCCCCGCCCCGGCGAGGCGCAGCGCGGCGGCGGGCGCGAUAGGCCCCCAGGCAGGUGGCGCGCUGGAGGGGUACCCAGAGACGGCUGCUGAGGGCGCGGCCUCGCCUGGCGCUGCUGCCAGCGGCGCCAGGGCACGGCCGAGGCUGCCGAUCCUCGGCCAGGCCGUGCGCCGCAGGGCCGCGGCGCGGGAGCCGCGGCCGCUGCAGCCGCGGGCCGGGGUGCCGCCGCUGCAGCAGCAGAUCAUGCUGCCGCACUUCGACGUGUCCAUGUCGGCGCGCACGGCGGGGAGGCUGUCCCGCCCGAGCGAGAUCCCUGCGCUGGCAGGGGGCGGCAGCGCCAGAGGCACGCGGGCGCCGUUCGCCACGUUGGGGGAGCUCCUCGCCUCGCAGGACAACGGCGGGGUGCUGGAGAGGAGGCCGGAGGGCGCGCCCGGAGGUUCCCUCGGAUCUCCCGCCAUGACCCUGGAGGAGGCGAAGGUUGCGAUGGCCGUGGAGCUGGUGGGCAAGUGUGGCUCAAUGAGCGCCUCGUGGCAGAAGAUGAACAGCAACAGCACCGGCAAGGUGAGUCGCUCGAUGUUCGACGCAGGGCUGAGCGUGCUGCACAUCGACCCCGCGGAGGUCUGCGGGCUGCCGGCGCGGAGGCUCUUCCUGGAGAUGUCGAGGGGCGGCCAGAUCUCGCAGGACUCGUGGUACGACUUCUUCCGGGCGGCGCUGGAUGGCCCAGACGCUGCGGCCAGGCUGGAGGAGGCAGAGCGGCGCUACGAGGAGGCCAGGCAAGCGCACAUGCCUCGGUCGGAGGUCGACGAGAACGCCACGGGCAGCGAGCCCGCCUCUCGCCGCAGGCAGCGCAGCACCGCGACGGUCAGCGAGGCCCAGGGAGCCUCGCCGCCGGCUGCGGCGGCGCCCGGCGGGGCGCGAGGCGCCGCCGUCGCAGCGUCGGGGCCUGCGCGCGUGUCCGCGUGGUCGGCGAGUCUUGGCCCGCACGGCAUCGAGGCCACGGAGGCCGGCCAGGAUGCCCGCGCCCACGAGCGCCCACUGUGCGCGAGGCGCGGCCUGGAGUCCGGGCCCGGGCUGGGGGCGCACGAUGGCGGCGGCACGGCGGGCGCUUCGGAGUCGGAGGCUGUCAUCGAGGUCAAGAGCGGCGUCACGGACGAGAAGGUGAUCGAGGCGCACUUCCCGAGGCUCAGCGAGGGCGACGGGCUGAGCGACAGGGAGCGCGAGCUCUCCGCCAAGGCCUUCAUCAUGGGCGCCACAAUCGCUGAGGCGCUGCACAGCGAUCACGCCUUCUCGGUCGAGACCGUGAGCGAGGUGGAGAUCUUGGCGAUGGCCGAAGAGGAGACAUUGCUGCAGGAGUUGGCCGAACGCAAGCUCGAGGGCAUCAAGGCGCUCCUGUAUAUUUUUGUUGCCAAGUUCGGGUCCAUGGACAGCGCGUUCAAGUGGUUUGACAUCAACGGCAACGUAAACAUGUCAAGCCUCGAGUGGGACACCGGCGUGAAGCUGCUGAGAAUCGACCUGAAGAAGCUGACGGACACCUCCCCGCGCGACUUCUUCGCCUCCAUGGCCAGGGGCGGAACCGACAUCUCCCUCCGGUCCUGGCGGGAGUUCUUUGCGCUGGCCAUGGAGGAGAUGGGCGAGGAGCUGCUGCAGGAGGCCGCGGGCGCCCGCCGAGCCGCCCCCUCCCUCGCGGAGCGCGCCCGGCAGCGCGCGGAGCGGCUGCGGGCGGAGCGGCGGGCCCGCCGCGAGGGCACGGGCGCUGCGGAGGCCGCGGGCGGCGGCGGCGGCGCGGCCUUCCUCGACGGCCUCGGGGAGCUCACCCCGGAGGAGGCCGCACUCCUGCGCCGGCUGCGGGAGCAGUUCGGGGCGCUGGCGGAGGGCGAGGGCAUCGAGGUGGCCGACGAGGUCUGGGGCGACCGAGGGCUCGCCCUGGCUCGGCUGGUGGCCUCGGAGCUCGGCCUCUACCUCCGGGACCUGGAUCCUGCAGGAGCCGGCGUCUUCGUCGGCAACAUGUCGGAUUUUGUGGAGCGAGCGCGCAGGAGGCUGGAGGGCAUCGAGCCCGGCCAGAGCCUGGAGUUCGAGAAGGAGCUGAGUCUCUCGCAGCGCCAGGUCGUGAUCUGGCUCGCCGCCGACCUGGGCCUCUGGACCAUCACGCAGGGCCGCGGCACGCGCCGGCAGGUGGUGGCCUUCAACGUCGGCUCCUUCGCCGAGGAGGCGAGGCGGCGGCUGCAGGCCCUGGCCCCGGCCGGGCUCUCUGCGGUGCAGCGCCGCAUCGUGCACCUCAUCGCUGAGGAGCUCGGGCUGUGGACACACUCGGCGGGCGUCGGGAGCGACAGGUACGUCGAGGUGUUCAAUUUGAAGGCCUUCGCGCUCGAGGUCCGGGGGACGCUCGAGGCGCUGGGGCCUGGGCAGCACCACGACUUUGCGCCGGCCCUGAGCAAGGAGCAGCGCAAGGUGGUCCACUGCAUAGCCACCGAGCUGGGCUUGGUGAGCCUCUCCCAGGAGAACGCGGAGGGGGAGCGAUACGUCAGCGCGGGGAACCUGCACGACUUCCGCGGCCAGGUGCGGAACCAGAUGGAGCAGCUGGACAAGGGCGAGUCCAAGGCUAUCCACGCGUCGGGCUGGGGCACGGCGAAGUUCACGGUGCUGCAGAUGAAGGCGAUCCGGUUGGCGGCGAGCGACCUGGGCAUGGCGCAGGCCGGGGGCGGCGGCGGUGAGGAGCUGCAGGUCACCUCGCCCCGGCCCGCACGCCCGCCCUCCGCCGGCUCCGCGGAGGCGGCCGGGGCCCCCGGGGCGGCGGCGGGCGCAGCGGAGAAGGACAGCGGCCGCAAGCGGCGGAGGAGGUCCGAGGAAGGCAGAAGGUCCUGCUCCAAGGAGGGGGUGGACGAUGAUGACCAGAUGCGCGACCUGUUCGACGAGCUGUGCACGGGCUCGUACAAUGGCCAGAAGCUGUUCACGAGCCUGGUGGAUCUGAAGGUCCUGCUGGAGGAGCUGCGCGAGGUGAUGCCUGUCCGGAAGCAGAGGCUCAAGAAGGAUUGGGCUCGCCUGGAGUCUAUCUUCGAGGACACCGUCCAGUUGCAGGUGGACUUUGGAACGCGCACUCGGAAGGGGCUGACCUAUCAGUGGUUCCAGACCUUCAUACAGAAGGUUGCCAAUCACUUUGACAUGUCUGUCAUGGGGAUGCUCCUGCUGCUGGCGCCGGCGGAACUCGAUUGA